AUGCGCGCCCUCGUCACUCCUGAGGGCAUUUCGCCUAUCCUCACCAGCGCUGGCCGUAAGACUGCAUGGGGCCACUACGGCUCGUACGAGCUCUUCUCUGGUCUGUCCGCCGAGCCGCGAGGCGUGAUGGCGUGUGGCGCGAGGCCGCCCUGCGACUGGUGCCCCAGCUUCGGAGCCGCCAUCUUUGGCGGCCUCAUCUUCGACGAGGGCUCCGACCUCUCCGAGGCUGCGCUGCCCUGGCGCGAGGGGCGGCGGUGCACCUUCCACGCGGCCGCGAGCGGCGCCCUCACAUCGGACGACCUCGCAAAAAAGAAAAACGACGCGAGCGUUAGAGGCGGGGGCGACGACCGCGUGUGCGACGACGGGGAGGACCACGGCGCCGCUUGGGGGGUGGUGCUCUCGCGCAUGUGCCACGCCGUAGAUGCCGAGCGUGUGUCGGGGUGCAGGCCACACGACGGCGGCGCGCGAGAGCUGUUGCGAGUGGUGCUGGGCGAAGCCACGGGCGCUGCCGGAGGCGGUGCGGUCGACGGCGCUCGGGCUCACAUGAAAACGAAUGUGAAGGGAAAGCUCUUGGCCAACUGA